UAUUAUAAUAUCGUCGUCGUAGAAGCUAGUGAUUUGGUGAUGUUAAUUAUCUAUAAACUCGGUAAAGUGAUUUCUUAUUGACUGAUCCAAUAAAUCUGUGAAUUUAACAAAACAAGAUAAUUAAAGAUGGAUAGUAUCAACACCUGUACUAUCGAAACUGAGGAUGGCCUUGUUUGUGGAUAUAUUGAUACGAAUAAUAAGAAUAAAUACUACAAGUUCAAGAGUAUACCCUAUGCCAGACCUCCUGUGGGAUUAUUACGAUUUAGACCACCCUUACCAGUUACACCUUGGACUGGAAAAAUGGACUGCACACAAGAUUCACCAUUUGCAUUUACUUAUAACAGUAUGUUAAAAGAAAUUUUGGGUUCAGAAGACUGUCUAUACAUAGAGCUCUCUACACCAAAUAUCAAACCUGAUAAACUAUUACCAGUCAUGUUUUGGAUUGGAACCUACAUCUUCUCAGUUUCCAUAGAUGAGUACUUAGACCCAUCAUUACUAAAUGACCAAGGAGUUGUGUUUGUAAGAUGUGGCUUCAGAUUGGGGCCAUUUGGGUUCCUUUCUAUCAAUGACUUUUCUGCACCAGGAAAUUGUGGCCUAAAAGAUAUAGUCAUGGCACUAAAGUGGGUACAGAAGAACAUAGCUAAAUUUGGUGGGGACCCAAAUAAUGUCACAAUAUUUGGAAGCAGCUCAGGAGGUUCUGCUGUCCAUUUGUUAAUGUUGUCUCCUAUGGCUAAAGGAUUAUUUCACAAGGCUAUUUCUCAGAGUUCUACUGCCUUUAAUAAUUGGUCACUUGGUCAAAAUCCUACGCAGCAAGCUUUGGAGUUGACCGAAAUGUUGGGCAUAACAAAAUCAAAUAAUAUUGAAGUCAUAGAAGAACUAAGAUCAGUGCCAGCUGAAGAUAUUAUGCAUGCAUUUGUAGAAAUGGAAAGUAAAUUAUCUCUAUUAGAUACAAGAGAUAUUUUUAAUACAUCUUUUAAACCAUGCAUAGAAGAUGAUUAUGAAGGUGUACCAGCAUUUCUAACUAAAAGUCCAAUGGCAAUUAUUAAAUCAGGAAAUUUCAACAAAGUACCUCUUUUGAUUGGUAGUAACAAUAUAGAAGCAAAUAUAUUAGAAUAUAUUAAAAGUAACUUUUAUGAUGAAUUUGAAAAAUACAAUGAAAAUGUUAGUUUACUAGUGCCAAGAUCAUUAUCACUACAUGAUACCAAAGUAUCCAAAAAUAUUGGCCAAAAGCUUUUAAAAUUCUACUUGGCUGAUGAGGAUAAACUGACUGAAAAUAAUAAAUCACAAUAUUUGCAGCUGAUAAGUGAUUAUUACUUUCUUUACUAUGUAAACAAAACUGUAAGGGCUCAUGCUGAAUUUGCAUCUGAAUGUCCUGUAUUUUAUUACAUAUUCAACUGUCCAUCAGACUGGACAGUUCCAGAAGAUCUUCAAUUUCUAACUGGCUUAUGUCACAGCUCGGAACUACCUUUUAUAUUUAAAAUUAAAUCACCUGAUGCAUCGGAAGCCGCGAAGACAAGUUCCAAGGGAAGCCGAGAAUCUAUCUUAACUCGACAGAGAGUGGUUAAAAUGUGGACGAACUUUGCAAGAUGUGGAAACCCAACACCAGAUGAAGAUGAUCCACUACUAGAGAUUAAGUGGGACCCAGUUGAAAACAAGGACAAGUUGAAUUAUCUCAGCAUAGGCACUGAGCUCACUAAAGGCAGAAAUCCAUUUCGAGAGAGAAUGAACUUUUGGGAAGAAAUACACACAGAAAAUAGUUUAUUGAGGAUGCUUGUGCAUUUUACGAAUAAAGGUAUAUCAUGUUAAAGUGCCUGCAUUUCUACAUGCUUUUAAAAUUAUUAAAACUCACUAAUGUACCUUAGUGAAAUAGAUCUCUAUCAAUUAAUUAAAAUGGCUUAGUAAUUUUAAAAUUUGCAAUGGACAAUAACAAUAUUCAUAGUAAAAUACUAAAAAUAAUGUUUUAAGCACGGAGGGCUUUAAUAAAAAAAAAGCUAACGCGCGUUGAACACUGGUAUAAAAAUAUGUCAUUUCCAUAUUAAAUGUCAAUUUAAACAAGUGUUCUACGCGCGUUUAUUUUUUUGUAAUAAGGCCCAAUUGAAUAAUGCCAUCAUAAAUAAGUUUGUUUCUAAAGGGAAGAUUUUUAAAAAACAAAAUAAUAAAGGUAUGAAGUUUGAUUUAUUGAAAUCAGAAAUGUUAUUGUCUGAUGCGAAUGUGCAAAAGGUCAACGCACUUGUUUGUGCCUGUAGAUCUUUAAAAACACUCAUCGAAUUUAACAUCAUGCAAAAUCACAAUCCUGAAAUUCGUUGAGCUGAUCAUGGCGCACGCAGGUGUGUUUGUGCCAUUUUAAGAUAAAGAUAAGUAAUCUUAAAAAGUUUUUAGAGAAUACUCUUGUACAUAAGAGCAAUAUUUUUAUAGAUAUGUAUCCAAAAAUAUAAAAUAUACAAACAUUGUUAACAUG